AGAGCCGCCUAUAUAAAGCAGCUUUUGGAGCAGCGGGUGAACAACUCUGCCCCCUCGCGUCGCUGAGGCGCAGCCGCCACUUCACGCACCCGGACCUCGGCUCUUCCUGACGUGGCGGGUCGCUAAAGGUGGCGGCGGCGGCACGUGGGGCCCUUUAUGUAAAUAAAACAGAAGUGAAACCUUGUGGCUGUGCUCGGCUUUCCCAGGCGCCACCAGCAGCUCUGCGCCGCACAAUGCUGAGCAGAUAGCCGGAGGGAGCAGUUUGGAGCUCAGAAACAGCUUUCUGUUUGGACCGCGCUAGUUCCGCACGCACCUGCCCCGAGGCGCCGCGCCAGCUGCGCAGCCAUGCCUCAGCUCCGCGCGGCCGCCGCGCUGCAGCUCGCGCUGCUGCUCUCCGCCGUGCCCGCGCAGUACUUCAUCUCCCAGUGGAGCGGCUCCACGGCGGCGCAGCGCUACCACGCGACCACGCGGUUGCUGCGCGUAUGGAAACAGUGGAGGACGUCGUACCUUAACGCUACGGAAUGGAGCGACUGGGCACACCGGCAGCUCUCCAGACUUAAGUCUCUGGUUGGGCUGGGCCAACAAGAGGAGCAGGUGUCUCCACCAAUAGAGACCAUGAUUUUUGAUAACGACCAGGGAUUCUUUGGAGCCUCCAAGGCAGUGCGCAGCCCUCGCCCCCCGUUUGUGUUCCUGCGGGUCGGGGAGGUGGUGAUGGAGAGGAAGGGCCACAGGAUCGGGGUGGUGGUGAGCUGGGACCCAGAGCUGCGAGCUCCUCCAGAGUGGGUGGACAGAAUGUAUUCUGACUCUGAGGACAUAAAGGCGGAGAAGACUCCGCAUUACAAGGUGCUGUUCAGCGGGCCCGGGGCCUCCUCUCUGAUGGUGGCCUACCUGCCUCAAACUCAGCUGGAGCGCAUCACGGGAAUGAGGCCGGACAUUCCCACCCUGGAGAACUACUUCACACAUUUUGACGGGACUCGGUUCGUCAUGCAGGACUGGCUCCGCGAGCUCUUCCCAGAGGACGAGGAUGAGGACGGCUGACUGAGACGAAGUUCUCUUCACGACUGUGCUGCGCAGCCUGCUCUCAGUCUGCAGGUUGGGUGGGGGGGG